GACAGAGAAAGGGUAGGCCUUGUCUUGAGAGAUUUUUGCUCCUCUAGCACAGAGAGCGUGAUGUCAGCGGUGGCAGUACUGUUGUAAUUGACUUGGUGGGGGUGAUGGCGUCAUUUUAUGCCCUGGUGUAGCCUCCUGCUCCAAUAGCGAAGGGGAGACGGAUCUUUGGCCGACGCGACCGUGGCUCCCUUGGCCGGGAUCGAGCACCGCCGAGCCGGACACUUCACGCCGGGAAACAUGGAGGCUGUGGCCGAGGAGCUGCGGGCCGGCUCUCGGGUACCUGUCACUAUCGAUCAAAUAGUUAACGAUACACUGGUGGUGACGCUGACCUACCGAGAAAGGAACUACACGGGGAUAUUACUUGAUUGCAACAAAAAGACCGGGCUAUUCUGUCUCCCAGAAUUCACGGCAAAACCCGGGGCCUGCCCAAUAUCUAAACCAGCUUGUGAAAUCCCAGAAGUUCUGAGUGAGGAACCGGUUUCCAAAUCUCCCAGCCAGGCUUCACACAGACCAAAGGAUGAAAACACUCUCCCUGAAAGCAGCAUACCUGCUGCAGCUCUUCCCUGUCCUGUACCCACACCAGUGCCAGCUGGACAGACUCCUUACCCUCCUUAUUUUGAAGGAGCCCCCUUCCCUCAGCCCUUAUGGGUGCGCCACAGCUACAGCCAAUGGGUGCCUCAGCCCCCUCCACGACCAAUCAAGAGAAAGAAGAGGCGAACGCGAGAGCCUGGUCGCAUGACUAUGAGUACUAUCCGUCUGCGGCCUCGGCAGGUACUCUGUGAAAAGUGCAAGAACACACUGAAUAGUGAUGAGGACAGCAAAGAUGGCAUGAGCAACACUAAGACUUCUAGAAAAGAGAAUGCACUACAGAGCGAUGAUGACGGCGACGACAAGGAUAGCCCCUCUAAGCUGUCGAGAAAAGAGGACGUAAUUGCAACCAAGGACACUAAGAGACGUGAAAAUGGCACCAGCCUCGACAGCAAACGCCUCAGGAAGGACAAAAGGGGGGAAGCUGAAGGGGAGAAGUUCCCCGGAGGAGAUGUUAUCCCCCACAGUCCUGUCAUAAAGAUCUCCUACAGUACUCCACAGGGCAAGGGGGAGGUCAUGAAGAUCCCUUCGAGAGUCCACGGUUCAGUCAAGCCAUUCUGCCCCAAACAGCUGGUGCAGAAUGGUGUGGGAGAGAAUGGCAAGACGCCUUCUGAUCCUACCAAGGAGCAACGGCACAUUCUAGAUGCUACCAGGUCUGGCCUCACCGUGUCCAUUCCCAAACUCAAACUAACCAGGCCCUUUACAACCGUGGGUCAGGACUUGCCUUCUCCAAAGAUCCGCUUGAGACCCCCUCAGAGGGAUGGUGAGGAGAGUGUGGUUGAGUAUGAGGCAGAACUUGUAGGAGGCACCCGGAGACGAAGCCCCAGGGUGCCCGGUCCCUGCCUGCCCCAUUCUGAAGACUCGGGGGAAGGCAAAAACUCUCUGGAGUUGUGGUCGGGCAGUUCAGGAGAGGAGGCAGAGCGCGGCCACAGCGACCUCACCCUUCUCAUCAAUUUCCGUAAGCGUAAAGCGGAUUCUUCUAGCCUGUCAGUCUGCAGCAGCGACAGUCUAGAUGAGUCCAAGUCUUUCAGCUCUGAUGGUACCUCACCAGAACUGUGUGAUCUGGCCCCAGGUGAAGACCUGUCCGUAACCUCAUCUUCUGUACCCUCACGGGAAGACUGCAAGACAGUGCCGCCGCUUACGGUGCGGCUUCACACCCGCAGCAUGACAAAGUGUGUAACAGAAGAGGGUCACGCCGUGGCGGUGGGCGACAUUGUGUGGGGGAAGAUUCACGGCUUCCCCUGGUGGCCAGCACGCGUCCUCAGCAUCAGCGGCACCCGCAAGCAGGAGACGGCCAGUUGCGAGGCCCAGUGGCCCCAGGCAAAGGUGGCGUGGUUUGGUUCACCCACCACCUCCCAGCUCUCUGUUGCCAAACUGUCGCCCUUCAGAGAGCUCUUCAGGUCCCGCUUCAACCGCAAGAAGAAAGGCAUGUACCGGAGAGCCAUCUUAGAGGCAGCCAAGGCCGUGGGCCACAUGGGCCCAGAGAUUACAUCGCUGCUUUCCCACUGCGACACGUAGAGGCUGAGGGCUCACUAGAGGACUGGUUUUUCUGAAUUCUGAGACUCUGUCAUCAAGACCCAGGAGGGGAGUACGUGAGGUUGCCACGGCUACUAUUUAUAUGCCGU